AUCCCUUGACAACCGAAUAUUUAUUAGAAAUUUGCUUAAUUCAAAUAAUUGUUCAAUAGAAUACGGUAUUCUGUUGGUUUACACCGUUUACACCUAGUAUCAGGACAAGGAAAUAAAAAUGUCCAACAAACCGAAACAUUUACUCGAAAAAUACGGUCUUUUACUAGAACAUUUAGACUUUCAAUAUAUUGGUCAGUGCACAAAGGAGCACGAGCUAGAGAAAAUCGUUAAGGUUCUUCGUUCGGGUGAAGAAGGUCACUUUCCAGAGUUGAUGAAUUUUAGUGAAGAACGUUUGAAAACAAUCAAUCCGGAUAACAAACUUUUCCGAAAGGAAAUCCCUUUGGGUACAAGAGAUAGCAUUUCGAAAGAUCGCUGGGAGCAAAUUAAUUCGGAUUUAGAGAGAUGGGAAAAUGAAAUGAAAACUUUGCACGAUAAUGUAGUGAACGAGAAAGACAUUUCAUUCACCUCGAUUCCGCCAGUCAGAGGUGUAUAUGACGGUCUCACCACAGGCUCUAAAUGCUUAUUGAAAUCUUUCGUGCCAGUUCAUACACAUAAAAAAAUGAAAGACUACCAAGAAUGGGACCGAUAUGAUCCGGAUACAGAAAUUUUAAAAAUGGAUUUAGAUGAGGAGCGCUCCAAGGAUAUUUUUUUGAAUCGAAACCAGAAAAAUGAUAAAGGGGAUAUUGCAAACGAAAUUCAAUCAAUGCCCUUAGAAUUGACUAAGCAUGAAAAAAUCAUAUUGGCAACAAAAUCAAAGGAAAAAGGGAAUGAUUAUUUCCGCAGUAAGGAGUAUGUAAGUGCUCUGAGCGAGUACAGUAACAGCAUAGCUAUGUAUCCGACAGCUGCGUGCUUCAACAACCGAGCCAUAACCUAUAUAAAACUAUUUCGUUUCGAAGAAUCUGUUUCUGAUUGCGACGCUUGCUUGAAGAUUGAGCCAAAUAAUGUAAAAGCGUUGCUUCGUAAAGCCGAAGCACUAACAAUGAGUGACAAAAGAUGCGAGGCUUACCAGGUUUACUGCAAAGUAUUGAUUUUUGAUUCUGCCAACAAACUAGCCUUAAACAGGAUUGGCGAUUUGCGUCAACAGCUUCCAGACUUACCACCUCCUAACGCAACGCUAGUAAAUAUAGUGAAUGUGCAAAAUGAAAAUGACUAUCCUGAUGCAGAUUAUGCAGCUCUCAUUAAACCUAAGAAUAUCACCAAGGAUAGACUCCCGAGCGCCAUGAAAGUCAUAAAAAAUGAAACAACGAAAUUGGUUCAGAACACCGUUGUUCAAAACCUCCAACAUACGUCGAUUGACAUUCUUCAACAAACACGAAUCAAGAAACCAUUAAUUGAAGAGCUGUAA